UCAACACAAUCUUCUUCUGCAGACCUGUACUCUUCUGUAAAACACAGCCAGACCAUGCAAUAGAUGAUUUCUCAUUUCUAAGCUGUCUUCUCUAGCAUUUGCACAGUUAAUGGUUAUAAAAAUGCAAGUAAUUUGGUUUACUUCAUUUUACACAAGAAAUCUUUUCAAAACUUAGCCCUAUCUAAACUAGUGUACAGCUAGAUCACAACAUUUCAUUGGAGAUUAAGAUAGGAUUUCAUUGGAGUUAAGUCAAAUUGGCAUCGAAUGUACGUAAGUGUCAUAACAUUUUACAAUGAGGAAAAUAUUUUGAGUGCAUACCAAAAGGGGAACAAAAUGUGUCGACAAUAGAAUAUUUUAUGAACAUCCUAUAAUUUCUGAGAAAUGCACCGAUGGAAAAGGAAAGCACAGUGUUUGUCCCUGGUUGGAAAAACCAGAACAGAAAGCUCAGGUGGUCGACCCAAAAACAAUGAUGUCUCCUUAGCACCGUCAUCAACUCCUGGAUUUUUUAAUCCCUCACAGCAUCAAAUGUUUUAAUCCUACAUUUCUGUAAAUGUUCUUUUUAUUUUGUCCUUUCAUACAGACAUUAGAUCUGUUUGUUGUGGUUGUUGUGCAUCACAAAGCUUUCAACACUCAGCAACCCGAUGGGAGAACCAAACUUGUUACGGUUAUGGAGUGAUGCUGCAAAGCUAGUGACAUACAGUAAAGAUUGCCCCAGGCUUAAACGUGACAGGGUUGGAAUGAGAUUCCCAAUCAUAAUGAAAUGGAUUGAAGAAAGCAGAAAAAAUGCACAUACUAUGAUUAUCAAUGUAAAAUUUUUUGAUAUUUAAAGAUUCAGGAGGUUAUCUGUUGAAGAUUAGUGGUAAUAUUACCCUUGUUUACUUUGUUCAACAAUCUGUUUGAAAUCCUUUUUGCCUUGCAGAGGUAUUUUAAAAGUUUGUCCAUGUUUUAGGUGUUCUUAAUAAAUGUCAAAGAUAUCUUCUCAGAAGGAAAAGUUUUAUUUGAGGAGCAGAAUUCAUUUUAGUUUCAAGUCCAAAGCUAUUCACGGGUGCAAACAUUAGAGUCACUCUUCUGUUUACUCUGUUAAGAUAUUGCUCAUGAAGAUUUUCUGCUGACAGCAAGAUAUAAUGGUCUAAAUGAAGCAGGAGAAGAACAACACCACAAGAAAAAUGCUGUUCUCUCACACCAUCCUUUUUUUAUUUUCUUAUAGCAUUGAUUAGAGAAGCAGUGCUUUCACGAUCUUAAACUCUAACAUGGAAUACCCAGACAUGUGUUUUAGCAUUCAUUGUCAUAAUGGCAAAACCAUCUUCCUGAGUUGCAUAUUCCCAAACUAAACAGGAAGUUUACGCUCUCAACCAAUGAUCACGUUGUAUUUGAGAUGAUUAUUUGGAUCAAGCUAGUUUUCUAGUGUUCAGCAUUUUUUAAAUUUACAACCACAAAGCUGAUUUCAACACUGAAAAUGCUGCAGAAAUUCCCAACAAGUGCUUAUUGAGGUUCUUUAUGUGACAAAAAUUUCUUGUACUUCCUUUGUCAAGGUCAAGGCAUGGGACUGCAUGAAAGGAGAAGAAAGCAUCAGACCAAGUGUCAGGUUCAAAACAACCUAAACCAUCAAUAAUAACAUAAAGAGGAAGGACAAGAGAGUUAGAUUUCUUAUACUCGUGAGGAGAACGGACAGAGACGUACUCAGUUACAAUCUCUACCCACUCUGAAAAAGUAUCCCUAGGAAGACCUGCUGAGUCAAGACCAGUCAAACCUCUUUAGGUCAUCAAGGAUGUGUUUCAUUCUUCUAAAGUUCAAAGAAGCAUCUCUCACUGCGGACCAUCAGUUUUAUUGAAAGAGCACAGAUUCAUAAAGGGCUUUGUGUGGAUCUCAGCAUGCUGCCAACAGGACAGAGCAAGCCAUCUGGAACUUUUCACAAAAUCCUUCGACCGCUUCUGUUCAGUAUUUUUAUUCUCGGAUGUUUUGUGACUGCCUUCUUGAUGUAUUUUAAGCCAUCCACCAGCUGGUUAAAUGGUCCAUUAGAGUCAUCUGAUUCCUCAAAUCAUGUCAAGCAUGUCUUUGCAAAGAGCGACAAAAACAUGACUAUAGUUCUUGUUUGGCUGUGGCCCUUUGGACAAACCUAUGAAAUGAACAUCUGCAGCUCUGACUUCAACAUCGAGGGCUGCUUCAUCACAGCGGAUAAAAACUUCUACAACAAAUCGGACGGGGUCGUCAUCCAUCACAGAGACAUUGCUGGGGACCUGUCCAACUUGCCGACAUCCCAGCGUCCCCCGUUCCAGAAAUGGAUCUGGAUGAACUUGGAGUCGCCGUCGCAUUCAGCCCAGCUUCCUGGGAUUAAUAACUUGUUCAAUCUGACUCUCAAUUACCGUCAGGAUUCUGACAUCCAAGUGCCUUAUGGGUCUAUUGUAGCAGCAGAUACUGUGGAGGACUUUGUACCACCAAGCAAAAGCAAACUGGUCUGCUGGAUCGUCAGCAACUGGAAUCCAGAACAUGUACGAGUGAAAUAUUACAACGAGUUGUACAAACACAUUGAAGUUCAUGCGUAUGGACAUGCAUUUGGGGAGUACGUCGCUGACAAAGAUUACAUCCCUACUAUGGCCAGUUGUAAGUUUUAUUUGUCCUUUGAGAACUCAAUCCACAAGGACUACAUCACUGAAAAACUGUACAUCCCCCUCUCUCUGGGCACAGUGCCAGUGGUUCUUGGCACAACCAGAGAAAACUAUGAGAACUUUGUUCAAGGAGAUGCUUUUAUCCAUGUGGAUGAUUUUAAGUCACCCAAAGAGCUGGCUGACUAUCUGCUUCUUCUGGACAAGAACGAAGAACUGUACCUUGGGUACUUUAAAUGGAGAAGGCACUUUAAAGUAAACAGAGCCCAUUUCUGGGCAGAGCACACAUGUAAGGCCUGUGAUUACCUGAGACAACACAAAGAAUACAGGGCAUUCAAUAACCUUAACAAGUGGUACUGGGGCUGAUGGUGCUUAGAUGGACUAUGCAGCACUCAUCACCUCUAUAAGGUGGGACUCAGCACACAGAAAAAAAACAAUUACUUGGUGAGACAAACAUUAAGUUAAAAAUUUAGAUGUAAUAUUUAAUUCAGGCCGUUUUGAAAUACCAUCUCAUUUGUGAUUGUGAAGAUGUCACCUAUGCAGAGCACUGAAAUCAAAUGUGAAGGUAGUUUAACACUGUUGUGAAUAAUUUUGGAAAUCUGUAGAUGUCUUUAAACAUUCUUUGACGUUUACAUUUGCACUGCAGAUCUAAAAGAUGCUUCUCUUUACAUUUUGUGAAGAAUGAUCAAUGAUCGUAGUAGCAAUUACUUUCAGCGGGCAUGUCAUUAAGAACUUGGUUUCUGUAGUUGGUACCAGAAAAAAAUGAUGUGAAUUGGAUUUUAUUUAGAAGGUUCCCUUGCAGCCUGAACAACCAUAAUUUUCAGCAUUGUCCAAGUCUUGACAUGAAUUAAAAAAAUAAGUAAGUAAUAUGGAGACUAUCUUACCUUCCUCUCUUCUUACCUUUUUUUUCUGCUUAACUUCUUGUUUCAUUCUAUCCUUCAACACUUCCGUGUUUAUGUAAAUCUGUUUUUUUUUACCCCUGUAUUCUAAGUCCUCCUUUUCUUUCCUUUUUCCCUUCACUCUUCCAUCUCUUUUGUACUUCCUUCAUUUUCUGUGAUCUUCCCUCUGCCUGUCUUCCUUCCUUCCCUUUUCCUUUCUUCCUAACUGAGGCUCAGUUUCCAUGGCCUUCUGACUAUUUCCUCUUAUGUUUAAAUCCAAAUACUCAACAGCAAAGAAAAGAUACAGCUCUAAGGGGUUACAGAAGGAAAUGAACAAAAUUUUGCGGUAAAUCCUUUGAACAUUAAGCCACUACACUCAGGAAUCAUUUCAUCCCUAUUAAACUGGUAACAACAACAACCAAACAACCAAACUGGUACCAACAACAACCAGAUUUGUUGUUGGUAACAACAACAAAUCUGACUCCUCUGAAAACACACCAAUGUUUUGUUGUGUUUUCACACCAAAAGGUCAACAUUUAUCAGGACCUAAACGCAUACUGAUUACUUUCCAAACUAAAUGUGACAAAUUCUGAGACAGCUGUCUAAACGCCUUUUUAAUGGCAUCACCAAAUUAAUCACAGAACUGAUGAUGUCAUGACAACAUGAACCAACAUUUGUGUUUGUUUUGUCUAUUUUUAAAGAAAAUGAUGUCCCAUCAGCUUAUCCCUGUGAUUAUGAACAUCUUUGUUAGCCUCUUUGUCAGCCAGUUUUGUCACAGCCGAUAUAAAUCAGGCUGCUUUCGGUAACAACUAGGCCAAAGGUAGUAUAACUCCAGGAAAUGCAAAGCCUAUGAGAUGGCAUGACUAAACUUUUGUAAAAAAAAAACAAAAGACAGUCUUUAACCCGCCUGGACCUCUUCAAAAGCAAAUAAUGUGUUAACGCUAAAAGUCAAGACUAAUUCGUAGUCCAGCAGUAUGUCAAGUUAUGAAAAGCCUAAAUUCUCUAAACUAAAUUCAGUUCAGGUAAGGGACUUCUUUUUUGCAAUAUAAACUAACUUUUGAAUUAAAAAUACACUCUAAAAAGAUCGGCUGCAACAUUCACCUCACUUUAGCUAACAUCUCAGCUUACAGCAGCAGAUAGUCAAUCCGUUCCAAAGGAGCCUCCAACUACUCGAUACUGAAGAGCAUAAAGUCUCAGUGCUGAAUAAAAGUCCCUAUACACUGAGCAGAAAGUGUCACCUUUUUAAAUUUAUUUAUUUUUUACAAACCCUGAUAGGUAUUUUCCUUUCGAACCUAAAUAAAAGAAAGAACCACAGACAACGUAUAUGAAUUUUAUGUAGAGCUUUUGCAAAAGGAGAACAAACCCCACCAACUUGAAAUAAUUACAUGAUUGGUUGAUUUUACUAUUUGUAACCGCUCACAGGUGACUAGCAUUGGAAUAGUCCUCUGGAUUUUCUCGAGGGUUCGACCAAUCACAAAGCUGUUGAGGUCCUUUUAUCUACCUAGCAACAGAGCCGGAUGAUUUCUGACUACUCGCUGCUUUCAAAUAAAACUGGAAAUUUUGACCCUUACCCUAAGUUGCUCUUACUCUUAAUGAUAUUUACAUUGCAAAAUAAUCCACUUAUGAAUGCAGGAUUUUAUUUCUGAUGAUCAGAAGUUCUUUACAAAGUGUCCAUUUAUUUUUAUUUCAAUAAUUUAUUAGGCCCUUUGAGAGACCUUAGAGGGUCCUGAUGGGUCGUCUGUUGUAAUGAUGUCUAUUGUGGAUUAUGAUGCACCUGCUCUGUUAUCUCAUAGAGCAGGUGCAGAAGAUGAAAAAACAAAAUCAAAACAUGGCUGAGUCAAUAUGCCAUGCUUCUCUGCAAUUUCAAAAUAAAGCCUCAAAUAUUUAUUUGUAAAGUUAAAUACUGAGUUUUAAAUGGAAGUUUUUCCAAAACCAUUUUGUUCUGAAUUAAAAAUAUGUAAUAGAUCAUCCAUAUUUCUUUUCUGUGAUUCAUCGGAGAGUGCGUAGUUGAAAGCGGGUUUGCGGGGCUCUUUGUUCCUCUGUUGCAUGUAGCACUACAUAACAAUUAAGAUCACAUUAUCACAGUAAUAUAAUUAUAUUACUUUUAGAUCUCCUUUGAAAAGCUGUAAACUGGAUUCCAUCACCACCCAUCAUCAAUGUUUGGACAUUGUGUUUUUUCAUUUAAGUUUUAAUUCUGAGCAAAAACCAUGUGAACAUUUUAUGCAAGUUGAACUGGCAGCUCUCUUUUGGGUCAAAGCCUGAAAUAUAUAUUUUUUGUGUGAGUUGAAUACUUCUUCAUUGUCACUGGGACCAGCGUGUAAAGUAUCAUGAGCUCAGUUUUAUACUACACUUUGGAAACUAAAAUCAAUAUUGAAACAAUACGUGACAUAAACUGAAGGGUUCAACUUGAUAAAACGGGGCUGUGGCAUGAGAUUAUCAAUCCAACUCCAUUAGCGAAAGAACAGCAUAAUAUGUUGUAAAUAUUUUAAAAAUUCAAAUGUCUUUAUAACAGUGGUAAGAUGCUGAAUAAAAUUCUACUGUAUUCUUGUGGGCGAUGUUUUGAUGAAUUAAGAGGCUAAACACUGAGGUAAACAGUCGGAAACACUUGAAGUAAAAAUACAGAUCAGAGACGAUGCUUGUAGUGCCGGGGAAUGGGAGCAUGUGUGUGUGUAUGUUUUUUUUUUCUUUUUCAUUCAAAUGGUUUUGGAUCAGGUGGAAAUCCUGUUGGCAUCACGUCCGAAAGAAAGGUGUGCCAAAAAUGCAGCCCAGAUAUAGCACUUUUAUUUAUGUAAAGUUGUGUACCUCACUGUGCUUAUGGGUUGUCUUAAAUGGAGCUGUUUGAGUUUAUCAGCAAGCCUGUCCAACAGAUGCUUUUGUUUACGGUUUUAUAAUGUAUAGUUCUUUCUCCUUUAUGAACAUGGAGCUUUGUUGUCCAGUGUGGUCGGUAAUUUUGCACAAAUGGGGUUUCUGUUGUGAAUGUUGUUUGUCCCAUUCAUCCUUUCUUCUUUUCAGAUACAGCGAGCUGUAGAUUGUCUGUUCAGGAUUGGAAGGCAAAUCAGGAAUUAUCUUGUUAAUUUGCAGGUACGGAGAUCAAAAAACAUCUUGUACUAUGAAUGGGAUUAAAUCUCUUAUGUGUGGUUUCUACUGAAAUUACAAAAAAAAAAAAUCUGCCAGUUUACUGAGACAUUUAGUGAGUCAGAACAAGUUUUUUGCCAAAUCAUUGUAUUUUGCCAAAUGUGUUCUAACUAUAGAUGUCUACUAGUAUAAUGGAGAGAAUAAAGAUAUGGAUAAAUGAAUAAA